GUCGCUGAAGUCCUUCUUAUCGCGGAGAAAGUGACGCAACGCCACGAUUUUCCGAGCCGACUGUAGACAAGAUUGAAGACAGUUUUCAACUCGCGCUCUCUGCACCAGCCAACAAGCAAUAUCCUAAUUAUAUCCAGCAGUCCUCUGCCCGAUUAAUCACAGCCAUGUCCGCGUAUCUCGCGCGCCCCAAGCGCGCAGGUGAAGACUUCGCCCGCACCCACCAUCACGACGAUGACAACCCCAGCGGACCCUCGUCGCACAAGAAACCCCGUUUUGACCUUCGGAACCCAUCAGCACUUGCCCCUGAUGCUCUAGAAGAAGAUCCGGUCUUGGAUGCUGACGAGAUCGGUCGUCGCGGGCAACAGGUUCGCCGCAAAGCCGUUAACCUAGACGGCUAUGAAUCCGACAGCGACGUUGAAGCGUUCUCCGCGAGAGUUGAGGCUAAAGCGAGGCGGAGCCGGGCCAAACACGAUGCGGAUGAUGAUGACAUGUUUGCAGAGCUACAGGAGGAUUUUGGUGCUGAGGAAAUCGAUGCCGAUGAAGCGCUGCGAAAGAAUAAGAAAACAGUCCGUUUCUUGCGGAAUGAUGAAAUCGAGGGACAAGUAGCUUCUUCAACGAGUGGACGGACACUACGCGCAGAUUUUACGAAGAGCGACGGCCAAGUCAACGUGGAAGAGCCCGAGAGCGACAGUGACGUUGCAGACGAAGAGCGUGCGAGCGUUGGCAUGGGGAUGGAUGCUGAGCUAGGCGCAGGGGGCAAGAAAAAACAUGCACCCUUGCUGGACGCAUUCAACAUGCGCGCAGAACAGGAAGAGGGACAAUUUGAUGACCAGGGAAAUUACAUCCGUAAAGCGGUGGAUCCGGACGCCGUCUACGAUUCAUGGCUGGAAGGAGUCUCGAAGAAGGAUAUCAGACAGGCGAAGGAGGCAGCAGAGAAACGGGAAAGGGAAAGAAAAUUAAAGGAUCGGAUGAAUGACGAUAUCUUGACAGCAGAUCUGCUGAAGACUCUCAUCAUCCGUCUACAACGAGGCGAGACAGCCCUGGAGGCCCUCGCCAGGCUCGGCAAGGGUCUACACAGGAAGCCAAAGUGGCAGACAAAGCAACGGAAUAAGAACCGACCAUCACAGAAGAAUGGGGCCGAAGACGUGGAAAUGGCAGAGGAUGAUCCCAAUGAAAUUGCUAAAAGACAAGCCAUUGAAGCCAUAACUGGCGCAGCAGAUCUUCUCUUGGGCAGAGGAGAGAACGACAUCUACGAUACUGAACGGGAGCUACUCACCAGACAAUACCGUCAUGAAACAGGCGAAGAGUGGGUUGAUCGUCCUUUAGAAUCUUCAGAAAAUUACCCAGGGGCUGGCGAGGAGCCUACAAUGUGGGAGUAUCGUUGGUCAGAUGCUCGAGAUGGUGGGAACGUCCACGGGCCAUAUGACAGCGCGAUGAUGAAGUCGUGGAAUGAUGCUGGAUAUUUUGGACAAGGCGUCGAAUUCAGACGGGUGGGUGACACAGGGGAAUGGAGCAGCAUGGCUAACUUUGCAUAGAGAAAGCCAGUUGGCAGCGUUGUACAAUUUCUACCCCCGAUACGCAAUGGUAUGAAAAGCGAAUACCAAGAUAUAGG